UUACUCGAUCAGCGUGCUGCACUUGAGUGGAUUCAGCGACACAUAUCCAAGUUUGGCGGCGACCCAGACAAUGUUACCAUUUUCGGAGAAAGUGCGGGAGGUGCUAGCAUGAUAAUGCAAGUCACCGCGUACGGAGGUACAAGACCAGUUCCUUUCAAACGUGUGGUGGCACAAUCGAUAGGCUUUGGGCCUACACGAACUGAAGCAGAGGUGGAGGCCACUUUUACCUCUGCUAUCAAAUUCAUUGGAUGCUCGUCACCUGCCAAUAAUGUCAUGCCAUGUCUACGGAGUGCGUCUCUAGGAGCUAUCGUUAGUGCCAUAAACCGCAUUCCGGUCACUCAACCCUCUCAAUUCGCUCCCGUCAUCGAAGGCCCGACAGGUUUUCUUCCCGGUCUGCCAUCUCGCUUGAUCGAGUCUGGUAAUUUCAGCACCGUCGAAUUCAUCGGCGGACACUGCACAAACGAUGGGCGAACAUUUGCCGGCGGACCUCCAGAAGACUUUGUCACAGAUGCCGAUAUCAAACGUUUGGUAUUCUCUAGGUGGCCUGCUGUUUCGAAUGCCACAAUUGUGAAAGCAUUGGCGCUGUACCCUUCCCCACAGAUCUCGGGCAGUCCUUUUGCGACCCAGUACGAUCGCGCAUGGACGAUGGCUGGAGAGAUAGUUUUCACAUGCCUAGACUGGUAUAUGGCGGAAAAUUUGGCGAGCAGAGGUGUGAAAAACGUAUUUUCUUACGCGUGGGAUGCUCCUAACACUGUGCUAUAUAACGAAAACCCUUAUCUGGGUGCCAUGCACACCUCCGAUCUCUAUUAUCUAUUCUCCGGUAACACAUUCGGGAAUGCAGGAAAUACUUUUACACCUUUCAAUGCCAGUGAGGCCACACUCUCACGGGAAGCCAUCAAGUACUGGACUUCGUUUGCUAGUACAGGAGAUCCUUCAUCGGAUCAAGAUGUGCAUGUACCCCUCUGGAAGAAGUAUGUUGACUCAGACGCUCUUCGGCGGAUGGUUCUCUCCCGUGGAAAUGAUACAGUGACGGUGUCUCAGAUGGAGACAGUCCCUGGCGAUGAGAUAGCACGAUGUAGGUUUUGGAUGAGCGAGGACGUGACCACUGAGACCCGGAUAUAGCAUUUCUGUCAAAUGUCGAAUCCAUUUUGCGUUACAAUAAUGCGACAACGGCCUAUGUCGCGGACUCACAAGGGUUCAUGUGUUUGGCUUCAGCCGACCGCUUUCCCAGACUAUGCCCUUUGGGGCUUACAAUUCUCCGUUAUCCACGGUC